AUGUUACGGUCAUUAAUAUUCUGUUGUCUUGUAAUCUUUAAUGCCGUUUCUGGCGAAAUUGACGAAAGACCUGUGGUUAUCAGACUUCAACCACAAUCGCGGAAGCCAAACUUCUUGAAGGAAAUUGCACCACCUCGUGCAGUCCUCAAUGCUCACGCAAAAACUGGUACCUCGGCAACAACUCAUGUGAGUGGAAGCCUAUUUAAACAGCAUUUAACCGUUUUAAUUAUACCAGCUCCUUUUCCUGGUGAACAGUUUAAUCCUCGAGAAAUUACCACACUUCCUCCUCCUCCUCCAGUCAAUAUCCCACCAGAUGUUCAGAACCAGCUUAUUAAAUUUUUUGGAUUAGACAGCUUUGGUAUUCCAGGACUUACGGGGAAUCACCCUGAAGGCUUCGCUGGAGCAAUUGAUGAACUUAGAAAGGCGGGCAUUCCUAUCCAAGGAAUUCCUCCAGAAAAUAUAGCAAAGUUUGACUUUUCAGACUUGUUGGCUCAUGCUAGUCCGUCAUUUGGAAACCAACUGAAUAAGCUUUACAAUGAAGCCGCUGGUCCUUCUGAUUAUCAUGCUGGAUUAUCCAACAUUCCAUUACCAGAAGCUACGCCAGGAGAAAAUGGAUUGAUUGGACUUCUUUCUACCUCUGUUAGAAAACUGGUUCAUGACUCUGGUAUUGCUGACGCAAUGCAGCAAGGGCUUCCAACUGUUCUUGGUACCAAUAAGGCUCCAGAAAUUGCUCAUUCCACUGACACCGAAGCCUUCGAGGCAGAAGCUGCAGCUGCAGAUACUGGAGUCCGACGUCAACAAAGCGUAGCUCAGAAAGCUUUAUCUGGCAUAGCUGCAGCGCUUGGUGCUAGUGGUGGUAACGGGCCAACUCACGCUGGUUUACCAAGAAUUCCUGGCAUUCCUCUGCUUCCUGGUGGAAUUCCAAGAAACUCACAAGGACAAAUAGAUGUUGUUCAACUUAUUGGGUCAAUCACUCGUCGUAUAACCAAUGGUACUACAGUUGCUGAUAUAAUACCUCCUGAGCAAUUGCAGACGCUGGCUGAUAAUGUUACCGAUGCACUUCUGCCACCGACACCUGAAGAUUUUGACUUGCAGAAGUUUAUGGGAAGGUGGUUUGAAGGAAUUAAUAGUCCUCGUGCCACUGAACAGCGUUGUAUUGUUCACCACUAUGGUGGUUUGACCAAAAACGACAAGACAGCUACUUUUACGGCCCUUAAAAUAUACCGCGAAGGUAGUGAAUUCGGACCGGUACGAUAUUCCAUUGGUUACGCCUUCAGAGGAGGAAAUAAGAAUGCAAUGUUGCAGUUGCACAGUUCAGAAUCAGCUGAUGCUCAGCCAUUUUGGAUUUACAAACUUGGGCCGGAGGGAACCGAUCCAUUUGGUAAUCCUCAAUACGAAUGGGCUAUUGUCUCCAAUUGGUUGAAAUACCCAGUAACAGUACUGGUACGUGAUCCAGAUACCUUCAAAACCAAGUACGAAAUUGAAGUCCUCCGAUGGUUGGAAGAUCAAGGCUUUAUCAACGGAUUUGUUCGAGCCUUCAAUAUGCUGCAGCCUGCUAGCUACAGUUCCUGCCAAUACGCGGACAGCACAUUUACGGUAUUUGGCCCAAGUAAACGAGCUGCUGCCAGUGGGGCUGCUUAA